UCGAGGCCGUCUCCGCGUCCUUCGGCCAGCCACAUGUGAUUGUGAACUGUGCUGCAAUCUCGGUUCCUCGGGCGUGCGAAACGGACCCAGCUGCUGCCAUGGCUACUAAUGUGCCUUCUUCACUUGUCAAUUGGUCACUGGGCUUCAGGAAUGACAGGACUCUUUUCAUUCAUCUCUCCACAGAUCAAGUUUAUGAGGGAGUGAAAUCAUUCUACAAAGAGGAGGAUGAGACACUGCCGGUGAACAUGUAUGGCAAAUCAAAAGUUGCUGCAGAGAAGUUCAUUACUGAGAAAUGCUCAAGCUAUGCAAUCUUGAGAAGCAGUAUUAUUUAUGGGCCACAAACAAUCUCUCCUGUGGAAAAGUCGCUCCCUAUCCAGUGGAUUAACUCUGUCCUUUCACAAGGCCAACAAGUUGAUUUUUUUGAUGAUGAGUACCGCUGCCCAGUUUAUGUAAAAGAUAUGGUGGAUGUAAUACUGUCUUUAACAAAAAGUUGGUUAUCAGCUGGCAAAAAAAUUCAGGUACUUCUGAAUGUUGGUGGACCAGAUAGGGUUUCAAGACUGCAGAUGGCUGAGGCUGUUGCUGAAGUUCGUGGAUAUAGCAAGUCGAUAAUCAAAUCUGUCCCUGCAUCAUCGGUUAACCGGGGUGUAGCUUCACCGCCAGACAUAUCCAUGGAUAUCACCAAGCUAACUCAGACACUCGGUAUCCAGCCGAUUACAUUCCUGGAUGGAGUCAGAGCUACACUUGACGCAGAAGCCAGUACAUGAUAUUCAUAAAUUGUUUGUUCAAGUUCCUCCACAAAAUAUCCAAGUGUGACACAAAGAACCCCCUUUCUUUUACCUGACAAAGAACCCGUAAUAGUUUGCCGAAAUUGCAGCAGCGGUAGAUUUUGUUGGGUCUGUAUGCGUGGAAGAUGUAACUUUGCUACCAUCGAACGACUUGCCCUUGGUUUUACUGUCUGUACCAUUCUGAAUAAAAAUGGCAUUCCAUGUGUGCUCUUCAGAA